AUGGAGCUCAGCCAGGCCAAGUGCAAGGUCCUGCACAAACACAGGCUGGGCAGAGAAUGGAUUGAGAACAGCCCUGAGAGGGACUGGGGGGUGCUGGUGAAUGAGAGAUCAUUUACUCAUCUCCCUGUAAAAGUAAUCCCAUCACAUGCAUUUGAAGGACUUCAAGAUACCUUCAUCAUUGAAAUCUCUCAGAGCGACUCCCUGGAGAGAAUAGAAGCAAGUGCCUUUGACAGCCUUCCCAUCUUGUCUGAAAUAUUAAUUCUGAACACAAAAAAUCUGUUGCACAUUGAGGACGGAGCGUUCAGAAAUCUUCCAAGACUAAAAUACUUGAGCAUUUGUAACACUGGAAUAAGACAAUUUCCAGACCUGAGACAGAUCUUUUCACUGGAAGCUCAUUUUAUUUUGGAGCUCUGUGAUAACUUACGUAUGACAAUUAUUCCACAAAAUGCUUUCCAAGGGAUGAACAAUGAAUCACUGACACUCAAGUUGUAUAAAAAUGGAUUUGAAGACAUCCACAGCCAUGCCUUCAACGGGACAAAGCUGAAUCAAUUAAUCCUGAAGGACAACAAGAACCUCAGGCGGAUACACAACGAUGCCCUGAGAGGGGCCACAGGGCCAGAUGUCCUGGAUAUUUCUUCAACAGCGCUGGAGUCCCUGCCCAGUUACGGGCUUGAGGCCAUCCAGGUCUUAAAUGCAACAUCAUCUUACUCCUUAAAAAGGCUGCCACCACUGGAUAAAUUCAGCAGUCUUCUGGAAGCUGUCCUAACAUAUCCCAGCCACUGCUGUGCUUUUCGAAAUCUAAGGACAGAAAAACAGAAUUUGUUGCUUUCCAUUUUUGACAACUUCUCCAAGGAGUGUGAAAACACCAUGAGGAAACCAACUCACGAAAUGCAAGAUGACUCAGUGGAGAGGAACACGCACCCCUUUGGAACAGAUGAUGAAAGUUCUCCCUACAGCUACUCCACCAUUUUCGAUGACAGCGAAAUGGCCGGCUUUGACUUUGAGUACGACUUUUGCCAGCCGAAAGUCCUCACGUGCACUCCGGAACCCGACGCCUUUAAUCCCUGCGAGGACAUCCUGGGCUACAGCUUCCUCAGAGUGCUGAUCUGGUUCAUAAACAUCCUCGCCAUCGCUGGCAACUUCACUGUGCUCCUGGUUCUGCUGACCAGCCACUACAAGCUGACCGUCCCUCGCUUCCUCAUGUGCAACCUGUCCUUCGCCGAUUUCUGCAUGGGGCUGUACCUGCUGCUCAUCGCCGCCGUGGACGCGCAGACCAGCGGCCAGUACUACAACCACGCCAUCGACUGGCAGACGGGCAGCGGCUGCAGCACGGCCGGCUUCUUCACGGUGUUCGCCAGCGAGCUGUCGGUGUACACGCUGACGGUGAUCACGCUGGAGCGCUGGCACACCAUCACCUACGCCAUGCAGCUGGACCGCAAGCUGCGGCUGCGGCACGCCGUGCCCAUCAUGCUCGCGGGGUGGCUGUUCUCCGUCGGCAUCGCCGUGCUGCCUCUCCUCGGGGUCAGCAGCUACAUGAAGGUCAGCAUCUGCCUGCCCAUGGAUAUCGAAACGGGCCUGUCCCAAGCCUACAUCCUGCUGAUCUUGGUGCUGAAUGUCAUCGCCUUCGUCGUCAUUUGUGCUUGCUACAUCAAGAUUUACGUCGCCGUGCAGAACCCAGAGCUGGUAGCUGCCAAUAAAGACACCAAGGUCGCCAAGAGAAUGGCGAUUCUGAUCUUCACGGAUUUCACCUGCAUGGCCCCCAUCUCCUUUUUUGCCAUAUCCGCUGCCUUCAAAGUUCCUCUCAUCACAGUGACCAACUCCAAGAUCCUGCUGGUCUUGUUUUACCCCGUCAACUCCUGCGCUAACCCCUUUCUCUACGCCAUUUUCACCAAAGCGUUUCGGAGGGAUUUCUUCCUGCUGCUGAGCAAGCUUGGUUGCUGCAAGAGCCGAGCAGAGCUCUACAGGAUGAACUAUUUCUCUGCUUAUAACUCCAACUGCAAGAACGGCGGCACAGCCACAGCUCCCAGCAAAGCCUCCCAAGCAUUCCUGCUCUUGUCAGCCUUAGAGAAGCCCUAUCCUGCACCACAGGACAAGUCAUCUCACAAGGAAAAUUAACCCAGUUUGCCAAGAGAUGCAGCACUUUGCAAGGCCAGUUGUGAUUAUCUUAGUGAC